AUGGGCUGGCGCCGCUGCGCCGGGAGCUCAGCUGCGUGCUGCCCCAAGGCCCAGGGAGGAAAGAGAAAACAUUUCCCAUGUGCUUUAAGUUCAUACAGAGUGUGGGGGUUUUCCACCAAGCACCUGAGACCCAGUCACCCCCAGACGAACGUGAUGUUUCUCAAGACCCACAAAACUGCCAGCAGCACCAUCAUGAACAUCCUAUUCCGGUUUGCAGAGAAGCACAAUCUGACCUUAGCCCUUCCUGCUGGCCAGAACUACCACCUGGGCUAUCCUCAUCGCUUCAUGGCCCAGUUUGUAGAGGGAUUUAAAACCAUGGGACAAAGCUACAACAUCAUGUGCAACCACAUGAGGUUUAACCUCCCAGAGGUCCGAAAAGUAAUGCCAAAUACCACCACCUACUUUUCCAUCCUGAGAAACCCAGUUUCACUGAUGGAGUCCUCCUAUGCCUAUAAUAAAUUUUUUACACCAGCAUUUAGAAGGUCAAAGGAUGUGAAUGAGUUUCUGGCAUCUCCAUGGACAUAUUACAAUAUGAGUGAAUACACAAAUAAUGUUCAUGCAAGGAACUACAUGUGGUUUGACUUUGGCUAUGAUAACAAUGCAAUGGACACUGAGGACUAUGUUCAGCAUGUCAUAGCGGAGAUUGAACAGGCUUUUCAGCUGAUGCUGCUAACCGAUUACUUUGAUGAGUCCAUGGUCCUGCUGAAGGACACUUUGGGCUGGGAGCUGGAUGAUGUGGUUUACUUCAAGCUGAAUUCCCGAAGCCAGGACACUAUUGAAAGCAUGACCCCUGAGAGCAAGGAAAAGGUAAAAGAAUGGUGCUCAUUGGACUGGAAGCUCUACCAACACUUCAACAGGACCUUCUGGAGGAGAAUUCAGGAGACAAUAGGGCUAGAAAAAUUGGAUCAGGAGGUGAAUCUCUUGAGAAUGAGACAAAAGGAACUCAUGGAGCUGUGUCUCUUGGACCCAGUGCCGAUAGAUAAGACAAAGAUCAAAGACAAAAAACUUCAGCCCUUCCAAUCAGGGCAUGCAAAUAUUCUGGGCUAUAAUCUUAAAGAAGACAUGGCUAAUGAGACUCUGAGAACCUGCCUGAGAUUGAUCACACCUGAGCUUCAGUAUAUGUCAUAUCUGUAUGCUCGUCAGUUUCCAGAGAAGAAGAGGAAGAGCAUAGCCUUUUCCUUGUGGUGGAGGUGAUAGUGUUGGUGGAUUGUUAAUAUCACUCACAGAGCAAUAAUGCUUAUAACAUUCCUAUCACCUUGUUCAUGUACCUCCCAGAGAUGUGUGUUUACGUUUUUAUGGCCCAGUGGAGUUAACCCAUGAAAUUUCCUUACAGAGAUUUCAGAUCCGUGAGUGGGGUGGGGAGACAGAGCGUGUGUGGCAGGAACACAGCACUCCCCAGCUGACUCCAUCUGGCAUAUGGGACAAAGAGUCCUGUGGCACCUUAUAGACUAACAGACGUAUUGGAGCAUAAGGU